UUAAAAAUACAAUAUAAAAAGUUUUUUAACAUCUUACACUUGAGCUUUAUAAUAAACUACAAAAUGAUUUUCGGUAAACGUUUAAAAUAUUUAUCGAAAGUUGGAAUUACUUUCCACAAUUACAAAGGACAAUUGCCACCAGUAAAACGUUUUGCUUCAAAUGUUCCUGUGGAGAAACGAACUUUAGAAGUAAAUGGACAAGAAUAUAUAACAGAUCAUAUGACUAAUGUUACACCAAAAAUACUGUCGUACUUGGGAAUGAAUAAACAUCUACAGAAGCAUCAUCCCAUUUCAAUCGUCAAACAACGAAUAGUUAAUUAUUUCUACAGAGCCUACCGCAACUCACGUGGGAAUCCUUUAUUUUCCGUGUAUGACAAACAAAAUCCUGUAGUGACAAUACAACAGAAUUUUGACAAUCUGCUUAUACCUCCCGAUCAUGUAAGUCGCUCUAAAUCAGAUUGUUAUUACAUUAAUAGUAAUUAUUUACUACGAGCACAUACAACCGCUCAUCAAGUGGACUUGAUAUCCAGUGGGUUAGAUAAUUUUCUUGUUUGCGGCGAAGUUUACAGACGAGAUGAAAUUGAUAGCACUCACUUUCCGGUAUUUCAUCAACUUGAUGCGGUGCGUUUAUUAACUAAAGAAAGAUUAUUUGAACGCAAUGCCGACUUAGACAUUUUCGAAAAUUCUGCAAACACAAAUAAACAAGUUUUUUAUCCAUUAACAAAAUGUAUAGAUCAGACAAAACAAGCUUGCCACAGCUUGGAGGCAGUCAAAUUGAUGGAAUAUGAAAUGAAACAAGUACUGCAGGGACUAGCAAUGGAUUUGUUUGGUAAAGAUGUGGAAUAUCGUUGGGUUGACACUUUUUUUCCUUUCACACAACCAUCGUGGGAGCUAGAAAUAUUUCAUAAAGGUAAUUGGUUAGAAGUUUUAGGAAGUGGCAUAAUGCGGAAUGAAAUCGUGCAACAUGCUGGUGCCAAAAAUUCAAUCGGUUAUGCCUUCGGCGUAGGUUUGGAACGUUUAGCAAUGGUUUUAUUCGAUAUACCUGACAUACGUUUAUUUUGGUCGACUGACAGUGGUUUUCUAAAUCAGUUUAAUGAAGAAAAUUUGGUAGAUAUACCAAAAUAUAAGUCCAUAUCAACAUAUCCGCAAUGCAGGAAUGAUUUGUCGUUUUGGUUACCACUUGUCGAAGACACAAAAACAGAAACAGAUUUUGUAGCAAAUGAUUUUUAUGAUCUGGUUCGUACUGUCGCCGGUGAUGUAGUAGAACAGAUAAGCCUUGUAGACAAAUUUAAACAUCCCAAAACAGGUAGAUCAAGUCUAUGUUUUAGGAUCACUUACAGGCAUAUGGAACGAACGCUUACCCAAGCUGAAGUAAAUGAAAUACACAAACUCAUUGCCAAUGAAUGUGUAAAAAACUUUAAUGUGGAAAUUCGUUAAUAAUUUGUUUUUAAUUGUUGAGAAGAAAUAAAACACUUAUUUU